UCCACUUUUCCAAAUCAAAGCGAUGAAGUAAAUAGAAUAAUUCUUUCACAUACAUGAGCGACCAAAUUUAGCUCAUGGCUUCAAUUUCAAGCUCCGACAACGACAUCAUCGCCAUCGCGAUUACUGAUUCCGAUCAAAUCGGAUCGGAAACCGCCAUCGAAGAGGUUUCAAUCUCAACCACACAGAUCGAAACCUGGGAUUUGCCUUCAAUCCUCCGUUAUCGGCGAGUGAAAGUUCAAGCGCAUCGGAGCAGGCUUGUCGAACAGUCUUCGUAUUUCCAUGGGAUGCUCAAUUGGAGCUUCAGUGAAUCACGGCUGGAUCAGAUUUCGAUCGAGUGGGACUUGGAAGCGUUUUUGAAUGUUCUUAAGUGCAUUUAUGGCUGCCCAAUUGACAUCACCGGCGAUAAUUUCUUGGCAUUUUAUGAGGGUGCGCUUUAUUUUGGAGUCAAGUUUCUUCUUGAAAAGUGUAAAACCUGGUUUUCUGAGGCAGCAUCAUCUAUCGUGAUACCCCAAAUACCAUUGGAUAAUCUGAUUUCCAUUUGGAACUUUGGUAUCAAGUCUGGGAAUGAUUUUCUUUUAGAAUCAUGUGGAAGCUAUCUUGCAAAGAAUUUUAUGUGGGCCAUCUCUCGUAAAUCUUUUGUAGAUAUCCCAUACUCUUUGUUGGUAAUUUGUAUAAGGCACCCUCAUUUGACAAUGGAAAGUGAGAUGCAUCUUUGUGAUGCGCUUCUUAUCUGGCUUGAUGCUAACACAGGAGACUCUGACGGCUUGAGCAGCACAGAAACCAACUAUAGUAGCAUUCUAAAACAGAUCCAUCUGAGCCUUUUACCACUGUGGUUUACUGAAGGAAAAAGAAGAUCUUGCCAUUUCUCCAAGCUUGCUGAUGAGAGCAUUAUUUCAGUUUUCAGACUACUUAAAGUUCCACCCACUGACUCAAUACAUUUCCUGGAGGAUGGCGACUUUAAGGAUACCAGAAUACGACUAACUGAACAUUCUAAGACAAUGAACCUUUCAAGUUGUAUACAGAUAACGUCAGCAAUGCUACUCUUGUCUCUGCUUCCUUCUACAUACAGUACAGAUUCCAAGCUAAGAAAAAACAUUAAGCAGUUAUUGGUUAAGCUUGAAAGCGUUGACAGGUAUCUCAACCCAGUUUCACAUGGAUUGUUGCCAAUGUUGUCUUUUAAAGCAGUAGAGGAAGUGAAUAUUUCAAAGUGUGGAAGAUUGCAUCUUCAAGCCUCAAUUGAAUGUUUCUCCAUGUCAUUCCCAUCAUUGAAAAUACUGAAGGCAGCUUAUUUAUUGGACUUCAAUAUAAAAACUUUGCGUCUGUUGGUGCAGAAAUGCCCUACGAUCCGUGAAGUUGACCUUACCCUUGAUACUAGUCCAGUCAUAUCAGAACAAGUUUCUGAUAAUUUCGUAGUUACUGGUGAUAAACCCGUGGCUGUGGAUAAGUCAUCUAUUUAUAAGUCUCAUCUGAUGCUGUCAAAUAUCACAAAACUCAUACUAGAGGGCCGUAGUGAGCUUUGUGAUUCAGAUCUCCUUCAUAUCUCAAAAUUCUGUAUCUACCUACAGCACCUAAACGUUAAAGGGUGUACUGGAUUAACAGACGUUGGCAUAUCAACUCUUAUACAGAGACAGCAUGUUACUCUGCAAUCGAUUCUAGUCUGCUAUACUUCUUUUGGAUUGAAUUCAGUUCUAGCUCUAUGCUCUAGCUCUCAUGGUACAGAUGAUACUUCUGCUCACUUUCCAGAGUCUAUGGCAUUCAAUCUCCAGACACUGCAUAUUGGGGGCUGCAAGUGUGUUGAUGAAACCUCUCUUCUAAAGCUUCUGUCUCAAACACGAAUGCUGAAGAGUCUUUGCUUGGGGGACACUCACCUCACAGACCGCACACUGUAUAGUCUUGCUGGUUCUUCCUUGGAGAUGCUUGAUGUUUCUAAUACUAUGGUCUCUGGAGCUGCUGUAGCACACGUAGUCUAUGGGAACCCCGGUUUGAAGUGUUUGAGAGUGAAGGGUUGUAGAAAUUUGUGUCAAAGGGAAAGUAAUACUGGAGAGGGAGAAAUUUCUUCCUAUUUUUGUGGAGAACUGGAGAUGGCUUUAGGAAAAACUUGCAGAUUGGAAGAACUUUCAGUUGGAUGGGGAUUUUCUCACUUCUCUAUUGAAGCUCUGAAAGCUGCAAUUACAUCACUAAGGGAGAUAACUGUCAGCUUGGGUGGAUCAUUGGGUGAAGGUGCUCUUAUACAACUACCUACUGCUUGUCCUAGUCUACAGUCCAUAGUUCUUCAAUUUCAGGUAAUAUCGGAUGACAUCAUUAUAAACAUCAUGGAAACUCUGAGGAACUUGCGAGUCCUAGCUUUAUGUUACUGUUUUGGUGAUAUAUCGAUUUUAGGUUUCAAGUUCUCUAUGCCAAAUCUGAGAAAAUUGCAGCUUGAACGGGUAACCCCAUGGUUGACCAAUAAAGAUUUGGUUAUUCUGAUUCGAAGCUUUCCGAAUCUAGUUGAGCUUGCAUUACUAGGUUGUCCACAUCUGAAUUCAGAUUCUCAACAAAUCAUCUCACAUGGAUGGCCAGGCUUAGUUUCAAUCCAUCUGGAGGAAUGUGGAGAGGUUACAGCAAAUGGGGUUUCUUCUCUUCUUAAGUGUGUGGCUCUUGAAGAUCUGUUGUUGCGACAUAAUGGUCCUGGGCUACAAAAAAGCUUCAUUUGUUAUGCUGCUUCAAAGAUGCCAUUACUUAGAAAAGUGUCGCUCGAUUUUUGUGAUGCAAGUGAAGGCUGCUUUGAUGUUCCACCUGAUGAUCAGAAGUGUUCCUUGCGUGCUGUGAAGUUAGCAAGAUGUAAGUCAAGGGAAUGUGGUUUAACUCUCCCAUUUUUGGAGCCUCGUAGAAAGCCAGUUCACAAAGAGACGUUGGUGUUAGAAUGGACCGGAAAAAAUGUCAUUAAAAAGGUGGCGAAGGAAAGGUUGUAGUUAUUACAAGUGAUGUGGAGCAACAUGGACUCCUUUCCAAUGUCUUCUCUGGUGAUAGCCGAAGUUCAGCCAUUGGCAUUUUAAAACACAAAGGCGGAGCAUUUCCAAGACAUUUAUGUUAUGUUUGGUAGGAUGGAUAGAAAAGAGGAAGGAAAGAGAAGUAAAAUACCUAGGUAAAGGAAGUAAAAUGGUUUUCUCUCAUGUUGUUUAGUAGAAGAGAAAGAAAAGUGAAAAUAAAAUAUUAAAUUUAAAGUAUUUUACAAUAA